AUGGAGUCGGUUUAUUACCGCGAAUUCGAUACCAAAGAGGCUGCCCAAGCUGCCUGUCACGCCGUCGCCAAGGCCCAAGGCUUCGCCUUAGUCAUACGAUCGGGGAGGGCCAGCGCCUGCUAUAUGACUUGCUCAAAGGCAGGCGAGUAUCGCGAUAACACUGACCCGGGCGCCCACAAGACGAAAAGCCGGCCUAAUCAGUCUACGCAGAGUGCCGUCUCCUCCUCACGCGACCACGACCACCCUUUUACGCCUGCUGUCACGCACAGUGGUUAUCGCGCAGAGCUCAUCGCCGAGCAUCACGGUCAUAUCGUUCGCCUCUAUAAUACUGGUCUCAAGCCGUUCCAAAUUGCUACCCACCUGCGCGGCCUAGCCCUCAUCAAGAACCCCGACCUUAAGUUCAUAACGGGGCAGCAUAUCCGCAACGCUAUUGCUGCCUACCGCGUCAGGGAGCUCGCUGGCCGCACGCCCCUUCAAUUCCUCUACGAUCAGCUCAAGGACUUAUCCCUCGGCUUCUUCUUCCGCGAUACACGCGACCAGGAAGGGCGGCUGACCGACCUCUUCAUCGCACCGCGCACCGGCAUUGAGCUUUGGCGGCGUUUUCCAAAUAUUCUCCUUUUGGACUGCACGUACAAGACCAAUAGGUUCAAGAUGCCUCUUCUCAAUACGUGUGGAUCAACCUCAGAAAAGACCUUCUCUGUAGCCUCUGUCUUCCUUAGCGGAGAGGCAGAGCCGCAAUACCGCUGGGCGCUGCAAUGCCUACUUGACCUAGCAGCAGAGGAAGGCAUUCCAUUGCCUCGGGUCAUAGUCACUGACCGUGAGCUUGCCCUCAUGAAUGCCCUUGUUUCCUUCUCAGAGCUUGCACCAGUAAUUCACUUAUUAUGCCGCUGGCAUAUCAACAAGAACGUUCUUGCCCAAAGCAAGCAGUACUUUCCUAAGGCAACAAAGGACGAGUGGAACGAGCUCAUCAACGCGCCUGAUGAAGCUACAUACGAUAUACGACUUCAGGCGUUCACGGCUCAGACCAUCACCCAAAGGCGGCAGUGGAUUAUGCGGUAA